GUAGCUGCAUUUUACAGAUGAGGAAACUGAAGUUUCACAGUUAGCAAAGAGCCAGAAUCGGAACCCAGGUAUGUCUGAGGCCAACGCCCAUCCUUCCCACACACGCUGACAUCACAGAGAUGACACAGCUGUCAACAAACACUUAACUGGGUAUCUGUUUGGAAGAUAUACGGAUGGAGCAUUUGUGGGAAAUAUGGUUGGUCUUGGGCAUUAAGAAGUUAAAAAUCUAGGUGAAGAGUUUUGUUGUUGUUGUUGUUGUCGUUGUUUUUAAUAAAACUAGCAAUUUUCCAAUCUUGCCCAACUCAUCUUUCCCUCUUCAUCACCUGCCACUUGUUCUUCUGUUUAUUUUCGUGUGCCUUCACGUGUGCCCUUUGAGUGAAAUGCUUCCCUUUUCACCUUCUCUCCCACUCCGGACAUAUUUUAAUUGGACGAAAUCCUGCUCUUUUCAAAAAAAAAACAACAACAACAAAAAAAACCCAGCUCAAAUGUCACCUUUUCCCGGAAGGUUAUCCCAACUCCUUACAGGCAGAAUCAGUUUCUCCCUCUACUAUGUUUCCGUAGUGGUUUCAUAAUGCCAUCAAGGCUUCAGUUUCGCUCUGUUUCCUUGUAAGCAUGUCUCCCCCUCCAGAGCUAUUUAAAUAAGUAUAUUUUGAAUUGGAUCUAAGGCUAUGGUGCAUGCUAGACACGCAGCAACUAGCCCUACAAGAGUUCAGAGAAAGGUGCACACACUGUGGGGAAGUGUCCUAAGAGGAGUAGGACUUGAGCAGAAUCUUAAAAGGAUGGGGUUAGUUUACUGAGCUGAGUAUUAGAGACCCAGAAAGCAUGCCUUCCUUGCAGAAUGAGUUACUUCAUCCUUUCUGAGCUCAUUCUCAGCAUGUGAAGAGGAUAAAAUUAGAAGUGUAUUUGUUUGUCCUUUCUCAGAGAAUAUGCUGGCAAUGUUGUCUUUUGGAUCUUGGAGCAUUUCCAGAGCCUGAUAGGAUUUAGGACAGAGGAGAUGGGUGUCUGGAGUGGGAUGUUGGAAGGAAAGUGAAUAAACUUAAUUGAGAAUGUCUGAAAACCCUGACAAGCCCAAUAUAAAUGAAGCAGGAGAAUCAAAAUCAAGUGAUUCUGAACAAGGCCUUGAAGAUGCUGUGGAAGAUUCUGAUGAAGCUUUACAGAAAAAUAUAAAGUCGGGCCCUCCCAGCACCCAAAGAAUGCAAAGACCUCACUCUAGUCCUCCUCGAUUUGUGACAGUAGAAGAACUUCUAGAUACAGCGAAAGGAGUUGCUAACAUGGCUCUAGCCCAUGAAAUUGUAGUAAAUGGAGACUUUCGGAUUAAACCAGUUGAAUUACCAGAAGACAGCUUGGAGAAGAGAGUAAAGGAUAUUGUACAUAAAGCUUUUUGGGACUGCUUGAGUGUCCAGCUAAGUGAAGAUCCCCCAACAUAUGACCAUGCCAUCAAACUUGUCGGAGAAAUCAAAGAGACUCUCUUAUCUUUCUUGCUGCCUGGUCACAGUAGACUGAGAAACCAGAUAAUGGAAGUCUUAGAUCUGGAUCUGAUCAAGCAAGAAGCAGAGAAUGGGGCCUUAGACAUUUCCAAGCUGGCAGAAUUCAUUAUUGGCAUGAUGGGGACAGUGUGUGCACCUGCUAGAGAUGAAGAAGUUAAGAAACUAAAGGACAUUAAGGAAAUUGUGCCCCUUUUCAGGGCAAUUUUUUCCGUGUUGGACCUAAUGAAAGUGGACAUGGCGAACUUUGCUGUCACUAGCAUUAGGCCACAUCUCAUGCAGCAGUCAGUUGAAUACGAAAGGAAGAAGUUUCAGCAGCUUUUGGAGAAGCAGCCAAAUUCCCUGGACUUUGUCACCCAGUGGCUGGAAGAGGCCGCAGAUGACCUUAUGAAUCAGAAGUAUAAAAAUGCCCUGCCAGCUGAGGGAGGGGCCGCUGACUCUGGAGACAGUCCCAUGCCAAAUCCUGUGGCUGUCCAGAAUUAUGCAUACCUGAAGCUUCUGAAAUGGGACCACCUCCAGAGACCUUUCCCUGAAACAGUUUUGAUGGACCAGGCUCGCUUCCAAGAACUCCAGCUCCAGCUAGAGCAACUGACCAUCCUGGGAGCCGUGUUGCUGGUGACGUUCAGCAUGGCAGCCCCAGGAAUUUCCAGCCAGGCUGACUUUGCUGAGAAACUCAAGACGAUUGUGAAGAUUCUGCUGACAGAUGCUCACCUGCCUUCCUUCCAUCUGAAGGAUGCCCUGACUACCAUUGGGGAGAAAGUCUGCCUGGAGGUGAGCAGCUGCCUUGCCCUGUGUGGGCUCACUCCGUUUACCACGGAAAAGGAGACUGUGCUCAAGGGCCAGAUCCAGGCUGUGGCCAGUCCCGACGACCCCAUCCGCAGGAUCAUCGAUUCCCGAAUCCUGAUCUUCUUAGAAAGCUACCUUGCCUCAGGUCAUCAGAAGCCAUUGCCUACGGUACCUGGGGGAUUGGGUCCGGUUCAGAAAGAGCUGGAGGAAGUUGCUGUUAAAUUUGUCCGCCUGGUCAACUAUAACAAGAUGGUCUUCAGUCCCUACUAUGAUGCCAUCCUCAGUAAGAUCCUUGUCGGACCCUAACACGUACGUGCGCUACAGUAGCAGUAUUAGCCUCUUGAUACAGAAUACCUGUUCUCAACUAUAACGUUGCUUUGGAAAAUGGCUAUUUAGUACAUGUCUGUGUAACAUCACUGAUUCCAAAAGGAAGAGUAUUGUGUAUCACUGUUGAAAAGAGCUGUUGAAAAACGCACUGAAUUCAA